AUGUACAAAGGAUUGGAUUGUCCAGAUGGCUACUAUUUCAGUGAGAAAAUUAAAACCUGCGUUUCUGUGAGCCCCACAAACUGUGAGAACCACCAAAUCGGAAAGUGUCCAAUAUCUGCAGCUGUGAAUGAGUAUUGCCUUUGUAAGGACAAGUACCUUCAGAUCUGGAAAUGUCCCGAAGGUUCCUACUUCGAUGGCAAUCAGUUGGCUUGUAAAAUUGGAACAGUGGAGUGCCAGGAGGAUGAGGAUUAUAAGCCAUUUAAAUGUCCAGAUACAACGUCAAAUCGGUUUGUUUUUCUGUUGGUUUUGCUGUCAUAUCAAUUGGGAAGUGCAAGUCUGCAGCAGUAUCGAUUGGAAGAUAGUGGAAAAUCCUGUCCAGAUGAUUACUACUUCAAUGAAACAAUCAAAACUUGCGUUUCUACAGACCUCACUAACUGUACCAAUUACGAAAUCGGCAAAUGUCCGAUAACUACAGCUGUGGAUGAGUAUUGCCUUUGCAAGAAUAACUAUCUACAGAUAAAGAAAUGUCCCGAAGGAACCUACUUCAAUGCCAAUAGCUUGAUUUGCAGAAUUGGAACUGUGGAGUGCCAGGAGGAAUAUGAACCAUUUGCAUGUCCCAAUUUAACUUCCACCGACGUCUUUUGCCUCUGCAUAGAUGGUAAAUUCCAUCAAAAUAGUUGCCCAAAUGGAUAUACCUUCAAUACCGAGCACAAACUUUGCUUGAAGUCUGGUUCUGGUGACCUACCCGAUUUGGAGCCGUCUUCUGAAAAGUGUCAGAGAUAUGGUUUAUUUGGGGACCCCACUGACUGUUCUGGAUAUUAUCAUUGCCGCGCUAGAGGCAGUGAUAUUCAGUAUUCCAGAUGCUUGGGAGGAACCAUCUUUAGUCUUACUUCUUUUGGGUGCGUUUCAGGAACUUGUUAA